GCGCCGCGCCGUCAAGAUGUGCUCGACGCCCGGAAUGCUGGCGCCAGGGGCCUCGCUGUCCCUGCGGGUGUCCUUCGUGGACGUGCAUCCCAAUGUGAUCCCGGUGCACCUGUGGGGGCUGGUGGGCGAGCGGCGGGUCGAGUACCUGCGGCUGAGCCGGGAAAUCCAGGAAGCGGCGGCCACGCGUGGCCAGUGGGCGCUGGGCAGCGCCUCGGCCUCGCCCGGCUACCUGUGCCUGGUGCAAGUCGGGCUUUUGUGGCACCGCUGCCGCGUGAUCAGCCGGCAGGCACAGGAGAGCCGUGUCUUCCUGCUGGACGAGGGCCGCACCAUCACGGCUGGCGCAGGCUCGCUGGCGCCCGGGCGCAGAGAGUUCUUCAACUUGCCCUCUGAAGUGCUGGGCUGCGUGCUGGCAGGCCUGGUGCCGGCAGGCUGCGGCGCUAGCGCGGGCGCGGGCGAGCCGCAGCACUGGCCCGCCGACGCCAUGGACUUCCUUAGCAACCUUCAGGGCAAGGAGGUGCACGGGUGCGUCCUGGACGUGCUGCUGCUCCACCGCCUGGUCCUCCUGGAGGUGCCCGAUGUGUUCCAACAGAUGCGGGAGCUGGGCCUGGCCCGGCGGGUGCCCGACAGCCUCUUCCGUUCGCUGCUGGAGCGCUAUCUCACAGCGGCCACUGCUAGCGUGGACUCCGGGGUCCCGGUUCUCUCGCGAGUCCCGCUCGAGCAAAAGCAGCCUGGUCUGGAUUAUUUCUAUUCCCAGCUGCAGCUGGGCGUGACGGAGCCCGUGGUCGUAACCCAAGUGUGCCAUCCCCACCGCAUUCACUGCCAGCUUCGCAACCUGUCGCAGGAGAUCCACCGCCUCUCCGAGAGCAUGGCCCAGGUAUACCGGGGUUCCACGGGGACAGGGGAUGAGAACUCGACCAGUGCCACCUGGGAGGAGAGGGAGGAGAGCCCAGACAAGCCGGGCUCUCCGUGUGCAUCCUGUGGCCUGGAUGGACAUUGGUACAGAGCACUCUUGCUGGAGACUUUUCGGCCCCAGCGCUGUGCCCAGGUGCUUCAUGUGGACUAUGGAAGGAAGGAGUUAGUGAGUUGCAGCAGCCUUCGGUACUUGCUGCCUGAAUAUUUUCGAAUGCCGGUGGUGACCUACCCUUGUGCUUUGUAUGGACUCUGGGACGGUGGGAGAGGCUGGUCUCGGUCACAGGUCGGUGACCUGAAGGCACUGAUACUGGGCAAGGCAGUGAAUGCAAAGAUUGAAUUUUAUUGCUCCUUUGAGCGUGUAUAUUAUGUCAGCCUGUAUGGAGAAGAUGGGAUUAAUCUGAACCGUGUGUUUGGAGUACAGUCGUGUUGCUUGGCUGACCGAGCCCUUCAGAGCCAGGGAACAGAGGAGGAGGAACCAGAAACAUCUCAGUCCCAGUCUCCUGCUGAAGAAGUAGAUGAAGAGAUUUCACUCCCAGCCUUAAGAUCUAUCAGGUUAAAGAUGAAUGCCUUCUACGAUGCGCAGGUAGAGUUUGUUAAAAAUCCUUCUGAGUUUUGGAUUAGGCUGAGGAAACACAAUGUCACCUUCAGUAAGCUGAUGAGGAGAAUGUGCGGUUUCUAUUCCUCUGCCAGUAAGCUGGAUGGUGUAGUUUUGAAACCUGAACCUGAUGACCUUUGCUGUGUCAAGUGGAAAGAAAAUGGUUAUUAUAGGGCCAUAGUCACCAAAUUGGAUGACAAGAGUGUGGAUGUAUUCUUAGUUGACCGAGGCAAUUCGGCAAAUGUGGACUGGUAUGAUGUAAGGAUGCUGCUUCCUCAGUUUAGGCAGCUACCAGUAUUGGCUCUGAAGUGCACCCUAGCUGAUACUUGGCCUUCGGGAAAAACUUGGAGCCAGGAGGCAGUUUCCUUUUUUAAAAAGACUGUGCUCCACAAAGAAUUAGUCAUCCAUAUUCUUGAUAAACAGGAUCAUCAAUAUGUUAUUGAGAUUCUUGAUGAAUCAAGAACAGGGGAAGAAAACAUUAGUAAGGUAAUUGCCCAAGCAGGAUAUGCCAAGUAUCAGGAAUUUGAAACAAAGGAAAAUAUCCCGGUAAAUGCCCACUCCCCAGGGCAUGUUUCAAAUCACUUUACUACGGAGAGUAACAAAAUACCUUUUGCCAAGACCAGAGAAGGAGAGCAGAAAGCCAAGAGAGAGAAUAAAACCACAUCUGUUUCAAAAGCUUUGAGUGACACAACAGUUGUAACAAAUGGUUCAACUGAACUAGUUGUGCAGGAAAAAGUGAAAAGAGCAUCUGUUUAUUUUCCUCUUAUACAGAAUUUAUUGGAAAUUAAGCCAGGCUCCUCUAGUAAACGAGAGCUGGAAGUUGGAAGUACAGUAGAAGUCAGAGUGUCUUAUGUUGAAAACCCUGGCUAUUUCUGGUGUCAGCUGACCAGGAACAUACAAGGACUUAAAACUCUAAUGUCUGAUAUUCAGUACUAUUGCAAAAAUACAGCUGCUCCUUACAAGGGAAACACCCCUGCUUGUUUGGCUAAGCGAACAGUAAACAGACAGUGGUCCAGGGCACUUAUUAGUGGGAUACAAUCUGUGGAGCAUGUCAAUGUAAUAUUUGUAGAUUAUGGAGACAGAGAAAUGGUAUCUGUGAAGAAUAUUUAUUCAAUUAGUGAAGAAUUUCUCAAGGUUAAGGCUCAGGCUUUUAGGUGCAGUCUUUAUAAUUUAAUUCACCCAACUGGCCAGAAUCCCCUUGUUUGGGAUGUAAAGGCAAUACAAGCUUUCAAUGAAUUUAUAGAUAAUGCAUGGCAAAAAAAUCUAGAAUUAAAAUGUACAGUAUUUGCUCUGGCUUCAAUUAAUAAUGAAGAACUGUUUAACAUUGUGGAUUUGCUAACCCCCUUUCAGAGUGCAUGCCAUUUCUUGGUAGAAAAGAGACUUGCAAGACCACUAAAAUUUCAGAAGCCUUUGGAGUCCUCUGUUCAGCUGCAUUCCUACUUCUAUUCUACACAUGAUAUCAAAAUUGGAAGUGAAGAAUUAGUUUAUAUAACGCAUAUUGAUGACCCUUGGACAUUUUAUUGCCAGCUGGCAAGAAAUGCAAAUAUUUUAGAACAGUUGUCAUGUAGUAUUACACAAUUAAGUAAAGUUUUGCUGAAUUUAAAAACAUCUCCCUUGAACCCUGGAAACUUGUGCCUUGCCAAGUAUACUGAUGGAAACUGGUAUAGGGGCAUAGUAAUAGAGAAAGAGCCAAAGAAAGUCUUCUUUGUUGAUUUUGGGAAUAUUUAUGUAGUAACAAGUGAUGAUCUGCUUCCAAUACCUAGUGAUGCAUAUGAUGUCUUACUUUUGCCCAUGCAAGCUGUCAGAUGUUCAUUAUCUGAUAUUCCUGAUCGUAUACCAGAAGAAGUGGUGGUGUGGUUUCAGGAGACUAUUUUAGAUAAGUCAUUGAAGGCUUUAGUUGUAGCAAAAGAUCCAGAUGGAACACUGAUUAUAGAACUAUAUGGUGACAAUAUUCAAAUUAGUGCUAGUAUUAAUAAGAAGUUGGGGCUACUUAAUUACAAAGAUAGAAUAAGAAAAAAAGAAAGUGAAGUGCUCCGUUCUACAACUGAAACUCUUGCAGAAAAAAAUGAGAAUAUGAAGUUGCCAUGUACAGAGUAUUUAAGUAAAUCAGUAGGGAACAAGUUACCUAGUAAAGAAAUUUUGGAAGAGUCGUAUAAACCUAAGAUCGACUCAUCAUACAAGGAACUCAAACUUUUACAAAGUUUAACAAAAACAAACUUAGUCACUCAAUAUCAAGACUCUAUGGGAAAUAAAAAUAGUCAAGUGUUUCCAUUAACAAGAGAAAAGAAAGAAGAAAUUUCUGCUGAGACACCCUGGAAAACAGCAAGAGUAGAAGCCACUCUUUCAGAGAGAAAAAUAGGAGAUUCAUGUGACAAAGAUUUGCCUCUGAAAUUUUGUGAGUUCCCACAGAAGAUUAUAAUGCCCGGAUUUAAAACAACUGUGUAUGUUUCUCAUAUAAAUGACCUUUCAGACUUUUAUGUUCAACUAAUAGAAGAUGAAUCUGAAAUUAGUCAUCUUUCAGAGAGAUUAAACAGUGUUAAAACAAGGCCGGAAUAUUAUGCAGGUCCACCUUUGCAAAGAGGAGAUAUGAUAUGUGCUGUUUUCCCAGAAGACAAUUUAUGGUAUCGUGCUGUGAUCAAGGAGCAACAACCCAAUGACCUUCUGUCUGUGCAGUUUAUAGAUUAUGGCAAUGUUUCUGUGGUUCAUACUAACAAAUUAGGUAGGCUUGACCUUGUUAAUGCGGUAUUGCCAGGGUUGUGCAUUCAUUGCUCCUUGCAGGGAUUUGGGGUUCCUGACAAUAAAAAUUCUAAGAAAAUGAUGCGUUACUUUUCCCAACGGACCAGCGAGGCUGCAAUAAGAUGUGAAUUUGUUAAAUUUCAAGACAGAUGGAAAGUUAUUCUUGCUGAUGAACAUGGGAUCAUAGCAGAUGAUAUGAUUAGCAGGUAUGCUCUCAGUGAAAAAUCUCAAAUAGAACUUUCUACCCAAGUAAUUAAAGAUGCCAAUUCAAAGUCUGUUGACAAAUCAGACAUUGACACUUCAGUAUUUCUUAACUGGUAUAAUCCACAAAAAAAAAUGGUAAGAGCUUAUGCCACUGUGAUAGAUGGACCUGAGUACUUUUGGUGUCAGUUUGCUGAUAUGGAGAAACUUCAGUGUUUAGAAGUAGAAGUACAGACUGCUGGAGAACAGGCAGUAGACAGAAGAAAUUGUAUCCCAUGUCCUUAUAUUGGAGAUCCUUGUAUAGUAAGAUACGGAGAAGAUGGACAUUAUUAUAGGGCACUUAUCACUAAUAUUUGUGAAGAUUAUCUUGUAUCUGUCAGGCUUGUGGACUUUGGAAACAUUGCAGACUGUGUGGACCCAAAAGCACUCUGGGCCAUUCCUUCUGAGCUUUUGUCGGUUCCCAUGCAAGCCUUUCCAUGUUGCCUCUCGGGAUUUAACAUUUCAGAAGGGGUAUGUUCUCAAGAGGGAAAUGACUAUUUCCAUGAAACAAUAACAGAAGAUGUGUUGGAAAUAACAAUACUAGAAAUCAGAAGGGAUGUUUGUGAUAUCCCUUUAGCAAUUGUUGACUUGAAAAGCAAAGGUAAAAGUAUUAACGAGAAAAUGGAGAAAUAUUCUAAGACUGGUAUUACUAAAAGUGCUCUUCCCUAUGAAAAUAUUGACUCGGAGAUAAAGCAGACUCGUGGGUCCUACAAUCUUGAUGUAGGACUUAAGAAGUUAAGUAAUAAAGCUGUACAAAAUAAAAUAUAUAUGGAACAGCAGACAGAUGAGCUUGCUGAAAUAACUGAAAACUAUGUAAACAUCAUUGGAACCAAACCAAGUAACUUCCGUGUCCCUAAAACUGAUAACAUUUGUGAAGGCUUUGAAAACCUCUGCAAAGAUAAAAUUGAUACUGAGGAACUGGAAGGUGAAUUAGAGUGCCAUCUAGUUGACAAAGCAGAGUUUGAUGAUAAAUACCUGAUUACAGGAUUUAACACAUUACUACCACAUGCUAAUGAAACAAAGGAGAUACUAGAACUGAAUUCACUUGAGCUGCCACUUUCUCCUCAUGAUGAAUCAAAAGAAUUCUUAGAACUGGAAUCUAUUGAGUUACAGAAUUCUCUGGUUGUGGAUGAAGAAAAAGGGGAGCUAAGCCCGGUGCCACCGAGUGUGCCACUCUCCCAAGAGUGUGUCACAAAAGGCGCCAUGGAGCUAUUUACACUGCAGCUUCCUCUCAGCUGUGAAGCUGAGAAACAGCCAGAACUAGAACUACCUACAGCCCAGCUGCCUUUAGAUGAGAAGAUGGAUCCUUUGUCUUCAGGAGUUAGUCAGAAAGCACAGGAAUCCAUGUGUACUGAGGACAUGAGAAAGUCAAGUUGUGUAGAAUCUUUUGAUGACCAGCACAGGAUGUCAUUGCAUCUACAUGGAGCAGAUUGUGAUCCCAAAACACAGAAUGAAAUGAAUAUAUAUGAAGAAGAAUUUAUAGAGUAUAAAAACAGGGAUGCCGUUUCAGCAUUGAUGCCCUUGUUCUCUGAGGAAGAAAGCAGUGAUGGAAGCAAGCACAAUAAUGGUUUACCAGAUCAUAUCUCAGCUCAACCACAGAACACCUACACUCUGAAAGCCUUUACUGUUGGAUCUAAAUGUGUUGUGUGGUCAAGUCUAAGAAACACAUGGUCUAAAUGUGAGAUUUUAGAAACAGCUGAAGAAGGAACAAGGGUUUUGAACCUCUCAAAUGGUGUGGAGGAGAUAGUGAACCCUGAGAAUGUCUGGAGUGGCAUACCCAAAUUUGAUAAGAGUCCACCUGAGAAAAGGGGUUUGGAGGUGAUGGAGAUUUAACUGUGGAUCUAUAGCUGUGGCCAAUCAGUCAGAAGCUGCCCUCGAACAAGUGGCAUCUUACCCAGACCAACAGUAUUUGAGAAAAUUGAAAACAUGUAACCACAAGAAGUUGUCAUUUUCAAAACUUUUAUAUAGGUGGAAAACAAAUUAGGUCUCAGGUUGACGGUGGAGUGUGUUUAUAGUGAUCCUGUUAUAUAUACAGAUCUGGGAUCUUUUGUCUUUAUUGUAUUAUGUUUCUAAUUAGUUGGGAGGAUUUAUUUUGCUAAACAGAUUACUAACACAUUACAUUUCAAAAAACUAUUUUGGUUCCUUUCAAAUACAGUGUUUAAAUUAAAAUAGAAAAAUAAGGGCUCAUGACAAGUACAUUAUUUGAUUCUACUUAGGAUAGCUUUUUAGCAGGAUCUCCUUCAGAAUUUUUGUCUUGAUUUUGAAUCUUUGCCUGUUUGUCUAAACAUUUGACUAACAUUCUGUUUGAAUUUGGAAGUAUUCUAAUACAAGAUUUGAAUAAAGUUUAUCCUUAAAUAAA